GAGUUUGGUGUCUAUUCGAAUUUCUCCUGUCAAGCCGUGAGCACUUGGAGUUGGUUUUUGUCACCAACGCUGGAGUAAUAGGUGAUGAUGGCUGCAGCUCUUUUGACAUUGCGUUGGAGGUGGGUAAGAAAAUAAAGUCUCUGCAAGUCGCCACGUGUGGGGCAUCUUCUGAGAAAGACAAGAAAGACAUCUUCGAUUACAUCAUCUCCGAGUUGGGAAGCCUUGAGCGAAUGGAUGAUCAAAUUCGAAAGCUCAUGGCUCAGAUGCUGAUGCGAAAUCUGGCCAACGUGGAAAAAGAUGAUCCAGCUGGAUUGUGUGCAUUGGCUCGCCAUCAGGCAGGGGACAACUGGAUGGAAAGUCGGGUUUCGAAUACCAAGAUCCAAUAUUUGGAGGCGCCCAAGCUACGGCCGUUGCAUUGCACCAAAGAGUGGCCAAAGACGCCACCCCCGCAGGAGCUGCUCACAACAGCCGCUGCAGCCUUGGCCGGAGACUUUCGGUUGCAGAACGACUGGCCAAUUGAGCGCGUUCUGAAUACCUUCUGCUACCAGAAGUUUCAUUGGAAAGGGUCACCCUGCGCUUCGCCCAUCGGGCUGUUGUGGUUGACGCAUGUGCACGCCCUGCGUAGCCACCCUGCGCCCCAAGCCGCAGAUGUAGCGGGUGCCCGACAUUUGCAGGACUGUGAAGUGAUUGGCUGGGCGGAGCUUUGUGAACGGAAAAAACUGAUGUCAGGGUCCUGCUUUCAACUUGAGCCCACCGCGGCAGCUCCACUCUGCGAGCUGCAAGGGCCCCAUGGGGCACCUGCGCAGCUGCGGCCAGCGGCUGCGGGGAUUUUGACCUUGACAUCCGGGGAGCUACACAUCACUGGGACACUGAACUUUGCAGAUGCUCACGUGGAAGCGUGGCAUGAAGGUCCAUCCGAUCCAAACUCUACCGCAACUGGUGGCGCCUUUUUCAGCGUGAAAGGCACUGCAGCUAUGAAUGGUGGUGGCUUCUCAGCUCGGGGAGACCUGACCCUGGGCGGCAUAUUCAGGAUUGUGUUCCGAGACUCUGAAGUCGUGAUCGAAAACGUUGCAGCGAUGUAUGGUGCUGGCUUCCAUGUCAAGGGAAAUGUCUACAUUUCUGUGGGACACUCAGAGAAUUCCAUGAUCCUCAUCCAGAACGUCAGAUGCAGCAAGAAUGGUGGAGGUUUCUCAGCCCUAAAAAACUUGCAAGUGAGCAACAGCUCAGUCGUCAGCCUUCAGAACGUGAUCACACAAAAACAUGGAGGAGGUUUCAUUGCCUUUGGGGAGGUUGAGAUAGAUGGGAAUUCCACAAUCAACAUUUUCAAUAGCCGCGCUGAAUCAGGAGAUGGGGGAGGUUUUGACGCUGAAAAGGGCUUGAAGCUGUUGACGAGCUCAAGACUCAUAAUUCGGAAUGCGACAGCUGGAAACCAUGGAGGAGGAUUCCAUGUCAAAGGCAGGACGUUGAUCAGCCGUUCCACAGUCAGCAUCGAAAAGGCAACAGCCCGGCAGUUUGGUGGAGGCUUCAACUCACUGGACGAGGUUGUCAUUGAUGAGAUGUCAAGUGUCAGCAUUUCCGAUUCAAGAUCUGCAGGAGCACGGGGUGGAGGCUUUAACACCGACCGACGCUUGCAGGUGACCAACAGCUCAAACGUCAGCCUUCAGAACGUGACCGCCCAAAAACAUGGAGGAGGAUUCAAGUGUCUUGCAGAGGUUGAGAUAGCUGGGAAUUCGACUGUCAACAUUUCCAACGGCUGCGCUGAAUCAAAAGACGGUGGAGGCUUUUAUGCUGAAAUAGGUUUGAGGAUGUCCACUAGCUCAACCCUACUCAUUCAAAAUGUAACCGCUGGAAGACAUGGAGGAGGUUUCUUUGCCAUUGGAGAGGUUGAGAUAGCUGGGAAUUCCACAAUCAAGAUUUCCAACAGUCGCGCUGAAUCAGGAGAUGGAGGAGGUUUUGACACUGAAAAGGGCUUGAAGCUGUUGACAGGCUCAAGGCUCAACAUUCGGAAUGCGACAGCUGGAAACCACGGAGGAGGAUUCCAUGUCAAAGGCAGGACGUUGAUCAGCCGUUCCACAGUCAGCAUCGAAAAGGCAACAGCCCGGCAGUUUGGUGGAGGCUUCAACUCACUGGACGAGGUUGUCAUUGAUGAGAUGUCAAGUGUCAGCAUUUCCGAUUCAAGAUCUGCAGGAGCACAGGGUGGAGGCUUCAACACCGACCGACGCUUGCAGGUGACCAACAGCUCAGUCGUCAGCCUUCAGAACGUGACCGCGCAAAAAUAUGGAGGAGGAUUCAAGUGUCUUGCAGAGGUUGAGAUAGCUGGGAAUUCGACUGUCAACAUUUCCAACGGCUGCGCUGAAUCAAAAGACGGUGGAGGCUUUUAUGCUGAAAUAGGUUUGAGGAUGUCCACUGGCUCAACCCUACUCAUUCAAAAUGUAACCGCUGGAAGACAUGGAGGAGGUUUCUUUGCCAUUGGAGAGGUUGAGAUAGCUGGGAAUUCCACAAUCAACAUGUCCAACAGUCGCGCUGAAUCAGGAGAUGGAGGAGGUUUUGACACUGAAAAAGGCUUGAAGCUGUUGACGGGCUCAAGGCUCAACAUUCGGAAUGCGACAGCUGGAAACCAUGGAGGAGGAUUCCAUGUCAAAGGCAGGACGUUGAUCAGCCGUUCCACAGUCAGCAUCGAAAAGGCAACAGCCCGGCAGUUUGGUGGAGGCUUCAACUCAGUGGACGAGGUUGUCAUUGAUGAGAUGUCAAGUGUCAGCAUUUCCGAUUCAAGAUCGGCAGAAGCACAUGGUGGAGGCUUCAACACCGACCGACGCUUGCAGGUGACCAACAGCUCAGUCGUCAGCCUUCAGAACGUGACCGCGCAAAAAUAUGGAGGAGGAUUCAAGUGUAUUGCAGAGGUUGAGAUAGCUGGGAAUUCCACAUUCAACAUGUCCAACAGCUGCGCUGAAUCAGAAGACGGUGGAGGGUUUUAUGCUCAAAUGGGUUUUAAGCUGUUGACCGGCUCAAGACUCUUCAUUUGGAAUGCGACAGCUGGAAACCGUGGAGGAGGAUUCCAUGUCAAAGGCAGGACGUUGAUCAGCCGUUCCACAGUCAGCAUCGAAAAUGCAACAGCCCGGCAGUUUGGUGGAGGCUUCAACACACUGGACGAGGUUGUCAUUGAUGAGAUGUCAAGUGUCAGCAUUUCCAAUUCAAGAUCGGCAGAAGCACAGGGUGGAGGCUUCAACACCGACGGACGCUUGCAGGUGACCAACAGCUCAGUCGUCAGCCUUCAGAAUGUGACCGCACAGAAACAUGGAGGAGGAUUCAAGUGUUCUGCAGAGGUUGAGAUAGCUGGGAAUUCCACAAUCAACAUUUCCAACAGUCGCGCUGAAUCAGGAGAUGGAGGAGGUUUUUAUGCUGAAAAGGGCUUGAAGCUGUUGAUGGGCUCAAGACUCAUCAUUCAAAAUUCGGUGGCUGAAAGUUUUGGAGGAGGCUUCUAUGCCAGAGAUAGGGUUUUGAUCAGCAGCUCUGCAGUUGGCAUCCGAAGUGCCAUGACCCAAGAGCUUCUUGGAGAUUUUCUGGCAUUUGACAAUGGUGGCAGCUCAUUCGUCAGCCUUCAGAAUGUGAUUGCCAGGGAUAGUGGAGGAGGUUUCUUUGCCAUUGGAGAGGUUGAGAUAGCUGGGAAUUCCACAAUCAACAUGUCCAACAGUCGCGCUGAAUCAGGAGAUGGAGGAGGUUUUGACACUGAAAAAGGCUUGAAGCUGUUGACAGGCUCAAGGCUCAACAUUCGGAAUGCGACAGCUGGAAACCACGGAGGAGGAUUCCAUGUCAAAGGCAGGACGUUGAUCAGCCGUUCCACAGUCAGCAUCGAAAAGGCAACAGCCCGGCAGUUUGGUGGAGGCUUCAACUCACUGGACGAGGUUGUCAUUGAUGAGAUGUCAAGUGUCAGCAUUUCCAAUUCAGGAUCUGCAGAAGCACAGGGUGGAGGCUUUAACACCGACCGACGCUUGCAGGUGACCAACAGCUCAGCCGUCAGCCUUCAGAACGUGACCGCACAAAAACAUGGAGGAGGAUUCAAGUGUCUUGCAGAGGCCGAGAUAGCUGGGAAUUCGACAGUCAACAUUUCCAACAGCUGCGCUGAAUCCAGAAACGGUGGGGGUUUUUAUGUGGAAAGGGACUUGGAGAUGUCCACUGGGUCAAGACUCAUCAUUCGGAAUGCGACUGCUGGAAAACAUGGAGGAGGAUUUUUUGCCGAAGGCAGGACAUUGAUCAGCCAUUCCACAGUUAGCAUCCAAAAUGCCAUGGCCUGGCAUUUUGGAGGAGGGUUCUUUGCAGGAGGCUUUGCAUUUGUCAAUGCAUCCACUGUGACCUUCUCUAGUACCCAUGCAGGGGCAGACGGUGGUGCUUUUUCUGUGGUUGGUUUGAUUUUGAACAAAGGGUCCAUGUCCACCAGCAACUCUACAGCACUGAGAUUAGGCUCUGCAGGGCGUGUACAUGGUCAAGUGCUUAUUUCGUCUCAGUCCAACUUGGUGGUGAAACAUGCUCAAGGUCUCCACAAUUCCAGCGUGCUAGCAGCAAGCUGCCUCCGACUGCGUGAUCGGUCGCAGGUUCUUUUUGAAGGUGUCGUCGGCGGCCAUGGGGUUGAGCUACAAAAUAGUGGAUGCUCUGAUGUUUGCUCAAACAGCACGUUCCAUGUUGCAGCGGAUUCAGCCCUCAACGCCAGUGGUCGCUUGAGUUCGGGUCUUCUAUCCCUUGCAGCCUGCCCGCAGGAGGAGGUACGUUUGUCAGGCAUCCACCUGCACUCCUGGUCCAGCACGUUGCUCAGCACCCGCCCAAGCUUUGUGGUAGUCGACCAAGUGAGUGUCGACUACGAGCCAGCGGUCAACAAUUUGCAGGUCCUAGCUGCCAAGGAAGGCUUCAAGAUCGACUCCUUGACCGUUUCCUGCCGGAACUGCGCCUGGGGCGUCACUUUCAACGCUGCAAAGGACGGAACGCUCAAAGCCGUGAGCUCUGAACAUCUCCGAUGCUCCCGGACAGUCACAGUGUCAAAAGGCUUGACGCAACGAUGCGAGUGUUCCAACUACCAGAUUGCAACCGAGCGCUUCCGCGAUGUCGAUAUGGUGCCGCUGGAAAGCACUUUCGAGACGUGCAUGUUCUGCAAGCCCCACUUCCACUUUCAGAAUGGCGAUUGUCCGAAAUGUGGAAUCUUCAAUGCUUGGUCUGAUGGGAACGAGGACGUUUGCCAUGUUCUGCCACGCAAGAAGACGGAGCUGAUCACACUCUUGACAGGUGGAGCCGUCGUGGUCAUUUUGACCUUCCUUGCGUUCGAGGUUUUGCACGCUCCUUUGAUGAUCCUUGAUGCGAAGUCAGAUUUGGCAGAUCCAACACAAACUGAAAGCAAGAGAACUUUCAAGCUUGCAGUUCAAGGUCCUCUUGUUGAUCUCCAUAAAAACCUGUCUCGAUUGGUGCACCAGCGGGUGCGUUAUCGGGCAAGGGGAACAGGAUUAAUAUGGCUAGACUAUGAUCGGAAGAAGUCCAAUGCAAUCAAAGUGCGCAAUAUUGCACGCAGAAAGCUUUUGCUUCAAGACACAAAUCCCCCGUUUGAUUGCGCUACGUGCAAGGGCUCUUUGCAUGCCGUCGAUUUUGUUUACCUGCUCGGUUUGCUCACUGCUUGCAUAUCAGUGACAGCGAUGCUACCUGUCAUCAUGAAAGUAGCAAUCAUAUCCGGCAACGGUGUGGGGCAUGUUUUCGUUACUGCACUUUAUGUGACCCUUCCUUUGGUUGCUGCUGCUGCACUUCUGCAUUUUCCGGUGGCGUGGCUGAUCCAGCGGCUAUAUCGCAGAACGUCAUUUUCGGAAGCUUUGGAUGAGUACUGGAAACAAAUCCACUGCAAACCAUUCAUGGGACCUGAUGCAGCCCAUCCUCGCAACCAGGGCUUGCAGGUUCUGACUUUGCGCGACUUGUGGAAGCAUUUCGAGGGCUUUAUUCUGGAGCGCAAUAUGCACUUUGUGGUUGCCAACAUAGUAACGCCCCUGACUCAAAGCAAAGGAGUUUCCUUUGUAGCCCUUUGGGGUGGCAGGCGGGUGGACUAUUUUGUGUCCCAUUCCUGGGGCACCAGCUUUCCGCACUUCGUGCAUUCCAUCCAGUGCCAUGCUCUGUCCAAAGAAGGCCCCACUUCUUGGAUCGAUGCAGCAUAUUGGAUCUGUUCGUUUGCGAACAACCAGUGGAACAUCGGAGCCGAGCUCGGAAGUGACCCCAUGGAGAGCGCCUUUGCGCGAACUUUGACUGCGGGAAUCAAAGGAGUUGCGAUGGUCUUGGACCAGGAAGUGCAGCCUCUCACAA